AUGAGCCGCGCCGGGAGCUGGGACAUGGACGGGCUGCGGGCGGACGGUGGGGCCGCCGGAGCGGCCCCAGCCUCCUCCUCCUCCUCGUCUGUGGCGGCGGCGGCGGCGCCGGGCCAGUGUCGCGGCUUCCUCUCGGCGCCAGUAUUCGCCGGGACACACUCCGGGCGCGCAGCGGCGGCGGCGGCGGCCGCGGCAGCUGCGGCGGCGGCGGCCUCGGGCUUCGCAUACCCCGGGACCUCUGAGCGUGCGGGCUCCGCCUCGUCGUCGUCAUCUUCGGCUGUGGUCGCAGCGCGUCCGGAGGCUCCCUCGGCCAAAGAGUGUCCGGCGCCCGGAGCGGCAGCUGCAGCGCCGCCGGGCGCCCCAGCUCUGGGCUAUGGCUACCACUUCGGCAACGGCUACUACAGCUGCCGCAUGUCACACGGCGUGGGCUUGCAGCAAAACGCUCUCAAGUCGUCGCCGCACGCCUCGCUGGGAGGCUUCCCGGUGGAGAAGUACAUGGACGUGUCGGGCCUGGCAAGCAGCAGCGUACCAGCCAACGAGGUGCCUGCCAGAGCCAAAGAGGUGUCCUUCUACCAGGGCUACACGAGCCCCUAUCAGCAUGUGCCUGGCUACAUCGACAUGGUGUCUACCUUCGGUUCCGGGGAGCCUCGGCAUGAGGCGUACAUCUCCAUGGAGGGCUACCAGUCCUGGACGCUGGCCAACGGGUGGAACAGCCAGGUGUACUGCGCCAAGGACCAGCCACAGGGCUCCCACUUUUGGAAAUCAUCCUUUCCAGGGGAUGUGGCUCUAAAUCAGCCAGAUAUGUGUGUCUACCGUCGGGGGAGGAAGAAGAGGGUGCCCUACACCAAACUGCAGCUCAAAGAACUGGAGAACGAGUAUGCCAUUAACAAGUUCAUUAACAAGGACAAGCGGCGGCGGAUCUCGGCUGCCACGAACCUAUCGGAGAGACAAGUGACCAUUUGGUUUCAGAACCGAAGAGUGAAAGACAAGAAGAUCGUCUCCAAGCUCAAAGACACUGUCUCCUGAUAUAGACCAGAUUGGCCAAAGAGAGUUUAAAUGCUUUCAGUUGUCUCCAAAAGACCUUCGGAAAGACUUGAAUAUGUAUUUAAUUUCUCCCCA